AUGACUACCAGACUACUCCGACUGCCUAGCAUCAUGGUAGCCCGCAAACCUACCAUCACACUGAAACACCUACUAAUGAACCUAAAGGACUCUAAUGUCCAAAUCGAUCCCAGCAAUGGGUUUGCCUACACAGUCUGGCAGGAUGUCCCAGUUCCAUUCUACAUGUCUGUGUAUUUCUUUCACAUCGAGAACCCUGAGGCAAUUCUUCGCGGUGAGAAGCCGAUUGUUUCGCAACGUGGACCAUAUGUUUACCGAGAAUACAGACCGAAAAGCAACAUAACAUUUCAUGAGAAUUAUACUGUUUCAUAUCGUUCAUUCCGUCAGUUUCAUUUUGUUCCUGAACGUUCAGCUGGGAGUGAGAAUGACCAGCUGGUCUUGCCCAACAUGCUCGCUCUGGGUGGAGCAAUCUUGGCCGAGAAUCUGACACCCAAGAUGAAGGUCAUAUUCAACAAUGCCAUGAAGAAGUUCAAUCAAACUGCUUUCUUCAAGAAGACUGUAAAAGAGAUAAUGUGGGGAUAUGAUGAUGAACUUAUUAACUUCCUCAAAAUGGUUUUCCCAAAUCUCCUUCCAUUCAAGGACAAAUUUGGAUUGUUUGCAGAUUUGAACAACACAGACACUGGACUAUUCACAAUUAAUACAGGAGUUGAUGACAUUAAUAAAGUCCAUAAAAUUAACACUUGGAAUGGCCUUAAACAGGUAAAUUUCUGGCAUUCUGACCAGUGCAACAUGUUGAAUGGGACAGCAGGUGAAAUGUGGCCUCCAUUUAUGGAUCCAUCAGAUACUUUAAAGUUUUUUAGUCCUGAUGCCUGUAGGUCAUUGGAGUUAGUUUACCAAAAUUCAGACUCAACCUUUGGGAUACCCUCCUUCCGAUACAUAGCCCCGAAGACCAUGUUCGCAAAUGGGACUGUAUAUCCACCCAAUGAAGGCUUUUGUCCGUGCAGAGAGUCUGGAGCGAUGAACGUUAGCACGUGCAGACACCAUUCUCAAGUCUUCAUCUCACACCCACACUUUUACAAUGCUGACCCUGUGUUGUGGGAGGCUAUCGAAGGAUUACAUCCUAAUGAGAGAGAACAUGCACUUUUCAUUGACAUCCAUCCAUUGUCUGGAAUUCCAUUGAAUGUCUCAAUUAAAUUACAGUUGAACCUGUUUCUAAAAUCUGCAAAAGGAAUAUUAAUUACUGAAAAAAUGCAGACUAUGCUCCUUCCUUUAAUUUGGUUUGAUGAGAGUGGAAAUAUUGAUGGUCAAAUUCUAGACAAUUUUUACACCUUCAUGGUGGUCAUACCAAGGGUUCUCCAAUACGUCCAGUUCAUCGUGCUUGGACUUGGGGCCCUGUUCCUCGUUAUUGCUGUGACUCUUGGAAUUAAUCUUCUGCAAAAGGUGAGGAAAAUGAAUAGCCCAUGGAACUCAAAUUUUUGGGCAGGUCAGGGGUUGCAGAACAAAGAUAGAAAGUCAGUCACAGAGUGGAUUAGUGAUAAAUCUACCCCUUCUGGAAAAGCCCCAGUUUUGGUGUGUGCCAAUGAGAAGCUGAAAACUGAAUCGCAUUUCGAGUGCUAUUGUGACCUGGUGACCCCCAAACCUCUAGUGUUCCAUCACCCCCAGAGCUCCGUGCCCCAAUGCUCCCAGUGUCCUUUACCUAAUUGCCCCAGUAGCCCAUCACUGCCGGUGUCCCAUUGCACCCCCACACGUCAGUCCCAUGCCCCAGUGCUGUAUCAUCUCGUGUUCUAUCACCUCAUUCCUCUGAACCUUAUGCCCCACCUGCCCCAGUGCCCCACCUGCCCCAGUGCUCCACCUGCCCCAGUACCCCACCUGCCCCAGUGCCCCACCUGCCCCAGUGCCCCAUCUGCCCCAGUGCCCCACCUGCCCCAGUGCCCCAUCUGCCCCAGUGCCCCACCUGCCCCAGUGCCCCAUCUGCCCCAGUGCCCCACCUGCCCCAGUGCCCCAUCUGCCCCAGUGCCCCACCUGCCCCAGUGCCCCACCUGCCCCAGUGCCCCAUCUGCCCCAGUGCCCCAUCUGCCCCAGUGCCCCACCUGCCCCAGUGCCCCACCUGCCCCAGUGCUCUCUAUGCUCCCAGUGUCACUGGUAAAUCUCAUCUUUCUUUUUAGCACCUUCAAAGCCGUGAAGAAGAAAAGAAGAAAGUUCUAG